UCUUUUUUUACAAUAGUAGGUCAGACCUACAAAUAAGUUCCAAUCGGUCUCUUGCGGGGUACGUCUAGGAUUACUGUUAAUAGGCUUUGCUCUACUGUACCUGCAGUCAUGUCGUGCGCAGACACUGAGUGGAUGUAAUGUUUAUAGGAGACUAUGGAUGCCUCAAUUAUAUUUAGUUUUAUUGUUUUCUUUCUUUUAUUUAGUCAUGUCAGCUCAGAGUGUUUUCCAGGAUGCUCCUGUGGUACUGACCGUUAUGGGAGGUCACUCACGUGUAUGGCGGCACCAUUAUCCGGCAUUCCUGAGGACAUACCAGCAGAUUUGACUAAAAUCCGAAUAGAGAAAUCACAGAUAAGUGAGCUACCAAAGGCAGUGUUUUCCCAUGUUAAGUUACUAAAGCAUCUCUGGCUGAACUUCAAUGACAUCGCUGUCAUAAAUAUCAAAAGUCUGGAAGGUUUGGGCAACUUGACGGAGCUCAGGUUGCAGGGUAACAAACUGCGUUCAGUACCAUGGACAGCGUUCGAGGAAACACCCAACCUCAAGAUCCUAGACCUGAAGCACAACCGCAUUGACGCCCUACCGGAACACGCGCUAAAGUUUCUACCAGGUCUGACCUAUUUGGAUCUGUCCUCUAAUCAGCUCUCAGUCGUUUCUAAAGACGUCUUCCUCACCUGGCCUCUCUUUCACACAGAAAACAAGCAUGAACAACCUACAGUGUCCAACGUUGUUCUGGCGCUUCAUGAAAACCCAUGGCUGUGCGACUGUCGCCUGGGAGGCUUCAUUGAGUUCAUCAAAUCGCUGAGUCCACCGUUCAUUCUAAUGAACUCAUAUUUGACAUGCUCUGGCCCUGAUUUCAAGGCAGGAAAAUUUUUUCAUGAGGUCCGUCUAAAGACGUGUGUGAAGCCAGUGGUCAGUGCCCCAGACACUAACACCACUGUGCUGUUAGGAGGGAACAUCACGUUAACAUGCUUUGCCACCGCCAGACUUGAACCUGCUGUUCGAUGGAUAUAUGGUCUUAAGAUACUAAGAGGAUUUCAUGAGAUUCAGAGCCGUGUGGAUGAAGACACUAUCAGGUCUCAGCUGAUCAUUCCUUCGCUCCAUCUGGCUGAUCGAGGGCUCUACACCUGCACUGCCAAAUAUUUCAUUGGUAAUUCCUCCAUCAGCAUUUUAUUGGAUGUGAAGUCUCCGGAAGGCUCUGUGUCUCAUUCCUCAGGCUUCCCUGCUGCUAUUGCUGAGGAAAAUGUUUACAUCGAUAUCCGUAUUUCCAAGCAAACAGUCUAUGGCAUCACAAUUGAGUGGCAUGCUGUGACAGACAAUCCAGCUGAAACCUGGUUCACCAUCCAUUUUGGACACUAUGACACAAUUAAGAAGGAGCAGAUAUACAUUGGGCCAGGGAUCAACACAUACUCUGUCACAGACCUGCUACCAGCCACUAAAUAUGAAAUCUGUGUUACUCUAAAAAAACAGGCUCCUCAGAAUGGCCAGUGCAUUGUAUUUGUGACAGGCAGUGAUUUCAAUGAGAUGGAACAGAGAGAGAAGCUCAUUCAUAUUGUCGUCAUUGUACUUGCCAUGGUGCUUGCAGUGCCUGCAGGAAUGUAUGCCUGCACCACCAAUGCCAAGUUCAACUGCUUUCAGCGUUGCACAGAGAUUUGGAGAAACAGGAGACAUUCUGAACGCUCUCACAUGUCUGACGAGAGGCAGGGCACAUUUGACAGUCUCCGAGCUGCCAGUGAUGAGGGCCUCUGUAAGGAGUCCAGCAAAGAGCAGAAGGACAGACGAAGGUCUGCAGAGAAGAUACAGAAAACAAAGAAUGAACAAAGACCAACAGCUGAGCUUAACUGACAACACACACUCAAAGAUAGCUAUAGACUCAUUAAUACCCAUGAAAAUAUUCAUUUUAAUUACACUGUGUCAUUUAUCUAGCUAGAGUAGAGAUCAGAGUAAAGUUAAUAUGCUUAUUAUGGAUUCCACAAUCUUCAGAAGAGAGUCUCAACUGGUAUUGACCUCAUGGAUCUGCUGCCACUGGACAUGUUUUUACAAACAAACUG